GUUGUUUGUGCGGUUUCUGGCGGCAAAGUCUCUGAUGAAUCGUCUCUUCUCUCAGUUGACUCGAUGCCGCUUCCCAAGGUAGACGUACGAGAUAUUUGGGAUUUUUUUUGUGAACAAGCAUCAAAUAAUUCACACUCUCUGUGAAGUUUUGGAAAAAAAAAUUCAAUAAAUUUCUCUUCGAUUGAAUUGUGAAUGCCAAGAUCAAAGUUAUUCCCCAAAAAAAAUGUAACCAUCUGGGGAUGCUGAAAGGAUUUCAGUGCAGGGAAUUGGAUUAAAAAAUAAACUUUUCUGUGACUUCCUCUAAUGACAUCCGUGAAUGAUUCCGGCUAUUAGUGAGUGACAAAAUAUAUUUUUGGGAAUUGUAUUAGAAGGUGAAUUGUGUAUGAGGAGAAAGAGUAGGUUAGAGUGUGAUACGUUUAAGAGAUGUCGUAAAUUGAACUUGUAAGUUUCAUGGAAAUUGCCUCAUUGCGCGCUAUAUGUAUUUAAAGCACAAUGGAUCCCUUCUAUGAGAACAACAUAGCGCAUAAAUUAAUCAAACGAGGAAAUGCAUUUUAAUUACUUCUUAAAACAAAAAGCUUAAAGUUGCCAAAGUGAUUUUGUUUUGUGAAAGAAUUAAAUUCAACGAAUCUUAACAGAGGAGAUAAUUGUGGAGAAUGCGACAAAGAUAGUGAAAAGUGCUAUUUGACGAGGAAAAAUUCUUUUAAAGCAAAAAAUCACCAUUCUUGGAAUACUUUCACCAUGAGGAUUCUGUCUAUGCUGAUAAUCAUCAUUUGCCGAAUUGUUUUCGUUUCGGCAUCCUCAAUGCUACCCUCAAUGUCCAUUUCUGGAGAGAUUUUGGAGAUAUACAAACCAGAAGGGUCGUCAUCCUGCAUUGCCAGCUAUUUUAUGUGCAAUGACUCAAUGCUGUGCGUGGCCCAGCAUCUAAAUUGCAAUGAGUAUGCCGAUUGCUACGACGGGUCUGACGAGUGGGAUUGCAUAGACCAAGCUGCUGAUAGUUUCUAUGACCACUUCUAUAGGAAAAACCUCAAAGCACUCACAGACGAUAUCCCUUGGGGGCAAUGUGAUUACAGUUUCCUCGAAUAUCCUGACCUAAACAGUACGUGCAAGUGUAAGAUGAAGGAGGUUCACUGUCAAUUCCAAGGACUUACUACCAUACCUCCAACACUACCCGUGCACGGAAUAAGCCUGUUGGAACUAACUGGAAAUCGUUUUCUCACACUCGAUGACAUUUUCCUCGAGAACUUACCGCCAUCGCAGAAAUUAGUUCUCAAGCAUUGCUCCAUUCAUGAAGUGAAAUCUCUUGCAUUCCGUCGAUUUAAGGAAGAUUUUGUGGAUGUACUAUAUUUGGAUCAGAAUCAAAUAGAAAUUCUUCCAAACUUUCUUUUUCCGGAAGGGACAAAGCUGACAGUCCUAAAUCUUGCCGGGAACCGUAUCUUUGAAAUUCAGAGCUUCGCAUUUGCAAAUUUGGAGCAUUUAAUUGAACUAGACCUUCGAGAUAAUCGUAUUGCGGUGCUAACAGAAGCAGUUUUGGCGCCGAUAAUAAAUUUGCAAUUCCUCUAUCUGAACGGAAAUCGCCUCACAGCUCUCACCAGUGGUAUGUUGCCUCUUCUCAAGAAUUUAAUAACACUCUCUUUGGCUGACAAUCAAAUUCGGCGCGUGUCGAAGAAUGCUCUCAAUCUUCCAUCAUUGGAACAUUUAUUCUUGUCUGGAAAUCAUCUACUUCAAAUCGAUAAUGAGACCUUCUACCUUCUUCCAAAUUUAACAGGAUUGAAUCUGAACAACAACCAAAUUGAGGGGUUUCAAUUGAAUGCUUUCAAUGGAAUUGAAAAUUUAACAUCGCUGCACUUAUCUGGGAAUCCCUUCAAGACAAUUGAUCAGAGGGUUCUUCAAAAUUUAACACAUUUGCAGCACAUCUACUUUACCUGGUUCCACUUGUGCCGUGCCGCAAUGUACGUGAGAGUGUGUGAACCCCGAGGGGAUGGUAUCUCCAGUGAUAAGCACUUGCUAGACAACCCCGUGCUUCGAGGCAGCGUGUGGGUGAUGGCAGCUGUGGGUGUUGUUGGGAAUCUUUUGGUACUUUUUGGGCCUCUUGCUCUCGGAACACGCGGCCUGGCAUGCCACAUCGAGCACACAAUCUACCUGCGACACUUGGCUGCAAGCGACUUACUAAUGGGCAUCUAUUUAACCAUAAUCGCCACAGCGGAUAUCGCGUUCCGCGGGGAGUACCUCAUUCACGAGGAGGACUGGAGGCACAGCAGCACAUGCUCCCUCUGUGGCUUCCUCAGUACACUCAGCUGCCAAUCUUCCACAUUGCUGCUAACACUUGUAACAUGGGAUCGACUCGUGUCCGUCACGAGACCCCUUCUCCCGCGACCACCAAGUCGAGCAAGAGCCAUCAUUCGCUUGGGACUUCUCUGGUUGACCGCAAUAACACUGGCGGCUGCUCCAUUGUCUCGUGUGAACUAUUUUGGAGAGAAUUUCUACGGCUCCAAUGGUGUUUGUCUGAGCCUCCACAUCCACAUACCUUACGAUAAGGGAUGGGAAUGGUCUGCCGCAAUUUUCAUCGUGGUCAACACGGUUUCUCUUGUUUUCAUUGGAACAUCGUAUGUUAAAAUGCUCCGUGCCAUCAGGAGUUCCGGUUCAGCCAUGAGGAGCUCCCUCAGUGGGCGCGAAAAUGUUGUUGCUCGUCGUUUUGCUAUUAUUGUGGCAACGGAUUGUGCUUGCUGGCUUCCAGUAAUCGUUGUUAAAAUCGCAGCGCUUGCAGGUGUGCAAAUAUCUCCAUCUCUGUACGCUUGGCUCGCCGUUUUGGUGCUUCCAGUUAAUUCAGCUCUCAACCCCGUGCUCUAUACUCUAACGACAGCAGCUUUCAAACAACAGCUCAACAAAUUCGUCUACUCGCUACCGUGUGGCACUGGUGUUGAUUCGCGUUCUCAGAAUGGCUUUGAGUCUGCACUGUCCAUAAGCCUAGGUCACAACUAUACGCAGCAGAGUAGCAAGAAACAUCUACUUCAGCGACGGGAAAGUGAUAUAAAGUUUAAAGAAACAAUUUCAAUAGCAAGAAUAAAUUAAUUAAUUCAGCCAAAUAAUUUGGUUGAAAAGACUCUCAAAGAAAAUUAGAAUAAAAAAACCUGUACUGUCUUAAGACACUAGUCAAUGCUGGAUGAUGUCGUUAAAAGUUGUAUUAAUGUGUUUUUGUUGAACUUCAAUGUGUAAUUUUUCUUUUUAAGUGUAAUUUUUGUAUUUUUUAGAAAUUAUUCUAUAUUUUUCAUAAAUAAAAAUUGGCAUUAAUAAUGAA